GUACGGCGCUCGGGUUACCAAUCCUUCUAUUUCUGCUCCUUUUCCUUUAUUGCGAACAUGCUCACGAUUGUCUUUGUUUUUCAUCUGAGUUUCCGCACACCAAGUUGUCUUUCUUUGUACUUAAGCUUGUCAAACGUCACUUUGGAGUUUUGCGAGUUAGCUUUGGACCCUAAGAACCUGUUGCGCAUUCCAGUGACGUAACUGUGACGUGUAAACUAAAUACGUCGGCCACCAAUCGGCGCAACAGGCGACGCGAGGGAUAAUUUGAUUGUUAUUUUUGGAGUACUGACUCGACGCUUCUGAGCGCCGAGCGUCGAAGGCGUCGCCGUCGAGCGUGAAGCGUCGUCGCGGGGCGAUUUGUGGAGAUCUGUCGCUACUACUGCUUACCAUCGCCAUAUCUCAGUGCCCGACUUCUAUGUGACCGGCGGCGUUAGCUUUAAGGUGAUUGAAGCCAUGGAGGUCUACCGGAGAUCCUCUCGGCUCUUAUUCAUUCUUGGAUUUAUUCUUCUCACCACGGCCUUGCAUGGUGUGCAAGGGGAGGUCGAGUCAGAAGGUCCCUCUGAGUCCGAGUGUAGACCGUACAUCGAGAAAGCAUUGAAAGAGCUGGAGGCAGGUGAAGCAGUUGGGGAGGAGUCUUCAGAAGCAGGUGCAACUGAGACAGACGAAGAGCGGGGGAAAGAAACCUCUAUAGAACAAGAUGGGGAUGAAAAUCAGGGUAGCGACGAAACCAAACGAACGACUGAGGCAGAGACGCAGGAGGACCAAGCAGCUUCUCCGGAACCCCCCAAGAAAAAUAUGAGCGUUAUACAAAAAUUAUCGAUAAUGAUAUCAGGCUUUUUCCAGAAACCUGCUCCCAAAAAAGAAGAAUCGUCGAAAGGAGAGAGUGCAGAUGAUAAGGAACAUAGCAAAGAAGCAGCAGAUUCAAAGGAACAGCCUCACUCAGGAGAAGAAAAAGACAGUAAAGAAGAACACGAAGAAGAAGCAAGCAAAGAAGCUGGGGAUGGAAGUGAAGAAGAAAACCUAGAAGAUGUACAACAAGCACAAGACGAAGAGAGCAAAGAAGAGGUGGGAGAAGCUGAAACGCAACAGGCAAGUGAAGAAGAAGCACUUGAAGCUGACACAGGAGCAACAGACGAAGCUUCAGAGGAGGAAGAUGCAGAACAACAGCAGUCAGAAGAAGGAGGUGACGAAAGUAUAGAACAGGAAGAAGUAAAAGAAGAGCCUGAGAGCGCUGAAACCGAAACCAGGGAAAAGAGAGAAGUUCUUGAAACUAUCGAAGUAACCAGUAUUGAAGAAGACGAAGUUGAAAGUAAAGAAACAGAACAAGUAGUGAGUGAAGAAGUACAGGAGAGUGCUGAGAAAGAAGAAAGUAAGGAAGAGGAACAGCAGCAGGAAGUAGAUGAAGCAAGUGAAGAAUCAGAAACUCCGGUAGCUACAGAGACUGAAGGUGAAAGCGCUGAAGCAGCAGAUAGCAAGGCGGAUGAUGAAGAAUCGAAAGAAGAAGAAAAAGCAGUAUAUGAAGAACACUUAGAAGAAGAACAGGUACAGGAACAAGAAGCAGAGGUGGAAGAGCAGCCUCAAGCUGUCCUAGAUGAAGAAGGGGAUAGCAAGGAAGGUGAAGCUGCAAGUCACGAGGAACGAGCAGAAAGUACGGAAGCUGAAAAAGGAUCCAAUGAAGAUGAGGAAACGACCGGAGAUACUCAAUCCGAAGAAAACGAUACACAAGAAGCCGAAAGUAAAGAAACUGGAACAGGUGACGAAGAUGCAGACGACUCGAAAGGCGAUAGCAAAGAAGACGAAAAAGAAGUAGAAGAAGCUGUAAGCGACGAAAAACAAGAAGCUUCUUUCGAAAAGACCGAAGAAGUAGCUGUAGAGGACCUCAUCCUAGAUGUAGAAGUACCUUCCGACCUCAGAUCUAGAGAACAUGUUGAACAACUCUUGAAGCUUGAUGACCACUCUUCGGAAACCGAGGAAAUUGUUAACCAAAUCUCUGAAAUUACUUUACGGGAACUGAAGAAGCUCUACGAAAAUGCUAUCAAGCCGCUUGAGGGCUUGUACAAGUACAGGGAUCUUAGUAACAGGCAUUUUGGGGAUGCAGAAAUAUUUUCAAAGCCUUUGGUUCUAUUCAUGGGGCCGUGGAGUGGAGGAAAGUCAUCCAUAAUAAAUUACCUAGUUAACAAUGAAUAUAACGAGACAUCCUUGAGAACAGGGGCAGAACCUUCACCAGCAUACUUUAAUAUACUAAUGUACGGUGAAGAAGCUGAAGUUCUGGAUGGUACUGAACUAAUGGCUGAUUAUACAUUUUCCGGCUUACAAAAAUUUGGCCAGGGCUUAGAAGAACGUCUUAGAGGGGUCAAGUUACCAGCCAAACUGCUAGAGAAGGUUAAUAUAGUGGAGAUACCAGGAAUUUUGGAAGUGCGUAAGCAAGUCUCUCGCCUUUUCCCAUUCAAUGAUGCAUGUCAGUGGUUCAUCGACAGAGCUGAUAUAAUAUUUCUAGUUUAUGAUCCUUCCAAGUUGGAUGUUGGUCCUGAAACUGAAGCUAUACUCGAUCAACUGAAAGGGCGAGAACAUCAGACUCGUAUCGUACUGAACAAAGCUGACCAAGUGAAACCUGAAGAACUAAUGAGAGUGCAAGGAUCGCUAAUAUGGAACAUCUCACCUUUGAUGUCAUCUCCCCAACCACCUGUAAUGUACACUGUCUCACUGUGGUCAAGGCCUUACGAAUCUUGGGCGCCAAUGAGGUUACUGCAGGCUCAAGAAAGGGCUUUCCUGAGGGACUUGCGAGGGGCCAUCGACAAACGUAUUGAAAACAAAAUUGCCAGUGCACGAAGAUUUGCGGUGCGUGUACGAAACCACGCUAAAAUGGUAGACUGUUACCUUACGACAUACUACAAUCACAAAUCUGUAUUUGGCAACCGCAAGCAAGUUGCAGAAGAAAUCAUCGAACAUCCUCAAAACUACCACAUAUACGAAGGUCUAUCAACACUGACAAACAUAUCUCGAUAUGACUUGCCAGAUCCUGAUGUUUACAGAGACUUCUUCAGACUGAAUCCUUUGUACGAGUUCCAACAGCUAUCAGCGACAUGCACUUACUUCAGAGGUUGCCCAAUAAAUAGGUUGGAUGUUGCUAUCGCAUACGAUCUCCCAGAGUUGGUCGGUAAUCACAAGAAGCUGGUAGAGAAUUCUUUGGCGAAAGCAGGGACUGAUUCCACUUCCGGCCAGGGUAGCUGAGCGAGAUCGAAAAUCAACCACACGCGAUAAACUUUCCCAAAGUGAGGAUGAGUGGACUUAUCCCAUAUAUUUUAUGCUUUUUGAAGCAACAUUUUGAUGCCUAUCAUAAGCCCACGACUCGUUUCAAUUGGCUCAAAAUUUUGGGAUAAGCGUCCAGAGUAACACAAGACUUUUAGAAAACACAUUCGGCGUCCCUCAGUUCCAACUUUCGACCCCAUAGUUUCACUUUUUUCAUGUUUCAUCCUAAUCUCGAACUGAUAUGUAAGUGCCAUUAAAAGACAUUAAUAAUCGAAUCAGUCAUAUUAUGCUUCAUAGACUUGCCAUGUGUUAUCGCAUUUAUAAAGUUCUUGCAACCGGAGUGUUCAUAUCGGUAAAUCAUUUUCAAAGAGAAGUACAUUAUAAGCCUGUGCUGUUCACACCAGAUGUACAAUUCCUUAAAAUUGAGGCGAUAAAUGUUUUAUUUUGUUAUGUGUAUACUGUGAAUUUGUGUAACCUAGUUAUUUUUGUUCCACUAUGUUGUAAAUUGUAGUUGUUACAAGGAGACAUACAUAUAGUUUGUAAAUAAAUACAUUUUUAUUUGUAACCCUCGACUCUCAAUUUCCUUUAAUUUAUUUAUUUAUAUAAUAUAUAUAGCGGAUAUGGUAUAACGUGAGUUUGUCU